CGAUUUUCUCUGUCGGUUUUGCCCUUGUUGCACUAAGACGCGUCAGAUUUUCCGCAAGCUUCCACAGUGCAAGUUGUGAAACUUUUCAAUUGGAGGUCGUGAAGAAGAGUGAAGUCGUGCGAAGCGCCUUUGUAUUCGGUGGACAUGAGCGACCCGGCACAACGAUGGAGACGCGCCGUACACGGAUUCGGAAGUCACGUGGAAAUGAGGAAAGUGGAGUUCAUGGAUAGCCUCGACAAUCGGGACUCCUGCUUCUGGUGUACUUUGGUAUCGUCUAGACUGUUGCAACUACACUGCAGGCACGUCAUAUGUGAUCUCUGCGCCGGCAAGUACGGUGUGCGCUCAGAUUACCGUGAUUUGGCUUCUUACAUCAUUAGUUGCUGCGACUAUUCGGUGGGAGGUUACAAGUUCAAGCCGGAAGACUGGUGUCCUGGUGAUAAACAGGUUCGUUGCGUCAACGCCGGCUGUGACUUCAUGGGACGUUUGAAAGACUUGAACGAACACCUGCGGAAGAGCUGCGCCAUGUACUCGACGACGUGCUCCAAGUGCGAAGAAAGAUUCGCCUACAAGGACCUGCGGAAACACUACACUGAAUGUGGCGGCAAACCGGCAGUCUUCCUAAGCGCAGUGGACGUUCGUACCUUGCUCGACAACUUCGGCGCAGCAUUCAACAAUCUCAAGCAGGCUGUGGCCUCAGCCAGACCGGACGAUAACGACGCGCUUCGGGACACAGUCAGUAUGGUGAGCGAACAGUUUGCCAGGAUUCAAGAGCAACUGGAUACGGGCGUUCCAGCUUACAUGCCAGCGAGCAGGCUCCCUCGUCCGGGUCCGUGAAGACGACUGCACGUACGGUGAUACUAUUUGCCCGAUUGCAAAUAUGAGUUAUUUGUUCAAAUAAAUUGCAUGAGCAUUUUUCAUGAA